GCUCCCGCCCAGCUCUCAUUGAGAAAAGGGGAGCAGGAGCCAGACGAGGGGGAGGAGAAGCUCCCUGCAGAGCUGCCUCCGCGGAUCGGAGGAGCCUCCUGGAAUGGGCAUUGGACUGUUCUGACCUGGCGAUUCCCUCCGCCUCGGGAGCCCCAGGAGUUUGAAGACAGAAGGGAGAAGGGAGAAGCCUGCAGAGAGCAUCAAAGGAUGAGGGGUGCUAUAAAAGGAACAGGGGAGUUCUUUGAAAAGACUCUAUCAUGCACUGAAAUGCUUUCUGGAGAAGGUGCCAUUAUUUGCCUCCCCUUUUGCUCAGAUGAAAGGAGCCAGCAAGGACGGCCCUGAAGUGUCCCUGGGGGCCUUGGUCAUUGUUCUUCUUUCCCCUGGCGCACGGCUAUUUGCUGACCUUUCCAGAGGAAUCUCAGCCCCCCCCCACCCCAGUUCCAGCUGAGAAGACAGUUCUUAAUAAUAAUAAUAAUAAAAAAUCCUGCUGUUUGAAUGGGAGGUGCAGCUUUCUUGCUGCGGUGCUUUUUGCUGUGACAUUUUGGAAUGUCUGCAGAAACUUGGAAAAAGAAAAACAAAACAAAACAAAAUCUUGAAAACUGCCUGGAUUAGGCAAGAGAAAUGGAAGUUUUUUUUGCCAAAAAGAAGUAAAUGAGAGGUGGUAACUUAUCCCUGAUGCAGGACCUCGAUGAUCAAAACCUUCAAGUUCUAGGAAACAGCACUUCCAACCUAACAAAUAAACAAACAUGAGAAGGAGUGGCCGUGGGGUACCGAUAUCACGCAGAGGCAGGUUUUAAAGGAAGCCUGAAACUGGCUCAGAACUUUAGGCCUGUAUGAUGCCUGAAGACCGAAAUACUGGGGGGCGCCCCUCAGGUGCCUUGGCGUCAACUCCUUUCAUUCCUAAAACUACAUACAGAAGAAUCAAACGGUGCUUUAGUUUUCGAAAAGGCAUUUUUGGACAGAAACUGGAAGAUACUGUCCGUUAUGAGAAAAGAUAUGGGAACCGCCUGGCUCCCAUGUUGGUGGAGCAGUGUGUGGACUUUAUCCGACAAAGGGGGCUGAAGGAAGAGGGCCUCUUCCGACUGCCAGGCCAGGCUAACCUUGUCAAGGAGUUGCAGGAUGCCUUCGACUGUGGAGAGAAGCCGUCAUUUGACAGCAACACGGAUGUACACACAGUGGCAUCGCUUCUUAAACUGUAUCUCCGAGAGCUCCCAGAACCGGUCAUUCCUUAUGCAAAGUACGAAGACUUUUUGUCAUGUGCCAAACUGCUCAGCAAGGAGGAGGAAGCUGGUGUUAAAGAAUUAGCAAAGCAGGUGAGGAGUUUGCCGGUGGUCAAUUACAACCUCCUCAAGUAUAUCUGCAGGUUCUUGGAUGAAGUACAGUCCUAUUCGGGAAUUAACAAAAUGAGUGUGCAGAACUUGGCCACUGUCUUUGGCCCUAAUAUCCUGCGCCCCAAAGUGGAAGAUCCUUUGACCAUUAUGGAGGGCACUGUGGUGGUCCAACAGUUGAUGUCAAUGAUGAUUAGCAAGCAUGAUCACCUCUUCCCCAAAGAUGCAGAACUGCAGAGCAAGCCCCAGGAUGGAGUGAGCAACAACAACAAUGAUGUUCAGAAGAAAAUCACCGUGGGUCAGCUACAGAACAAGGAGAACAACAAUACCAAGGACAGUCCUGUAAGGCGGUGCUCUUGGGACAAGUCCGAGUCUCCCCAGAGAAGCAGCGGGGAUAAUGGAUCCCCCACAGCCCUAUCAGGCAGCAAAACCAACAGCCCGAGGAACAGCGUUCACAAGCUGGACGUCUCCAGGAGCCCCCCUCUCAUGGUCAAAAAGAAUCCCGCCUUCAAUAAGGGCAGUGGGAUAGUCACCAAUGGGUCCUUCAGCAGCAGCAACGCAGAAGGACUUGAGAAAACCCAAACCACUCCCAAUGGGAGCUUACAGGCCAGAAGGACCGCUUCACUGAAGGGGUCUGGUACCAAAAUGGGCACCCACAGUGUACAGAACGGAACUGUGCGGAUGAGCAUUUUGAACACCGAUACCCUCGGGAACCCUGGGAACGGGCGCAGCAUGAGCUGGCUGCCCAAUGGCUACGUGACCCUGAGGGAUAACAAGCAGAAGGAGCACGCGGGAGAGGCGGGCCAGCAUAACAGGCUGUCUACCUAUGAUAACGUCCACCAGCAGUUCUCCCUGCUGAGCCUCGACGACAAACAGAGCGUCGACAGCGCCACCUGGUCCACUUCCUCCUGCGAAAUCUCCCUUCCGGAGAACUCCAACUCCUGUCGCUCGUCCACCACCACGUGCCCGGAACAAGACUUUUACGGUGGGAACUUUGAGGACCCUGUUUUGGAUGGGCCCCCGCAGGACGACCUUUCCCACCCCGGGGACUAUGAAAACAAAAGUGACCGCAGGAGUAUGGGCGGUCGAAGUAGCCGUGCCACCAGCAGCAGCGACAACAGCGAGACGUUUGUCGGCAACACCACCAGCAACCACAGUGCACUGCAUAGCUUAGUGUCCAGCCUGAAACAGGAAAUGACCAAGCAGAAGAUAGAGUAUGAGUCCAGGAUAAAGAGCUUAGAGCAGCGGAACUUGACUUUGGAGACAGAAAUGAUGAGCCUCCAUGAUGAACUGGAUCAGGAAAGGAAGAAGUUCACGAUGAUAGAAAUCAAAAUGCGAAAUGCCGAGAGAGCAAAGGAAGAUGCGGAGAAAAGAAAUGACAUGCUUCAGAAGGAAAUGGAGCAGUUCUUUUCCACAUUUGGGGAGUUGACAGUGGAACCCAGGAGAACCGAGAGAGGAAACACAAUAUGGAUCCAGUGAGCCUGAGGUCCCGCUGUCUCCGAUGGCUCUGGGAAGGAUUCUGGGGUUCUGGUGGGAAUAUUCAGCGGGCUCAGGUGGCUGGUCACCUGGCUGUACAGUGCUCUAAGGGGGGAAGGCAUGUCAUUUACCCAUAUGACCCAUUCAUAUCUGCAAUGUGUACCAAAGUUGUGUCAUGCCCCAUAUGCUACUGUCAAGUGUUACAACUGGAUAUGUGUAUAUAGAGUAGUUUUUAAAAAGUAAACUAAAAAUGAGAAGCAUAGCUCAAGAAUUAUUUUAUUGCAAGUCUUGUAUUUAAAAUGUUAAAUCAAUAUGUUGUUGCAAUUUAGCUUGCUUUCAAGCUUCACCCCUUGCACUUAACAUAAGCUAUUUUUGGCAUUGUGUUAUCAUCAGCUUAUUUUAUAGAUCAAUAUUUUUUUUAUUUCCCCUUUUGCUGAGGAAAUGAAGAUAAGCAGAUAUAUAAAUAUAUAUAUAAAUAUAUAUAUAUAUAUAUAUAUAAGAUGAGCUAUUAAAAUCAAAAGAAUACUUUGUGGCUGUGCUGUUUGUGCCAGUAGACAUUGCCAUGACCAAAAAGAGACAUGUAAAUGAUUUUUAUAAAAUACAGGAGAAUCACCAGGAAACUUUGAGAUGCUCUUUAAAUUCAGCCCUUGACAUUGCUCAGUUUUCUUCAUGAGAUGAUUUGCCACAGGACAUUUUGGACUGUGUAAAAAAGUCUCCUUCGCAGUCUGCCUUGCCAGUUCCAAGAUGCACUGUCUCCUAUGCAGGAUGCACCUUAGAAGGAAAAAAUGGUUUUUUCUUUCUUUUUCUUUUUUUUUUUUUUGAAAAAAAAGCAUUUAAGCAGUCAUGCCUUGAAUUGCUCUUUCCCCUGGAUGGUUAUGAGAGAAAUUCUUCCUGCCAUUGGGAAGUUGAGAGACAGUACUUGCUAAACGACGCCCACGUGAACGUCUGUCCUCCACACAACCCUCCCCCACCCCAACACCUGCCCUCUGGAGCCCGCGGUGGGCUAGCAUCACCGUGUCUCUCUUGGGUAGGCUGCCUCCGGGUGUGCCAUGAAUUCUUCUUUCACUCAGGCCGACUGUCCUUUUGUCAUCUAGGGUUCUUUCUGAACGACAGCAUGCAGAGGCAGUUUGCAGCCAGAGGGAGGAGAUGGAGAGGAAGGGAACUGGAAGGAGAGGGGGACAAGUUUGGAAGAAACAAGCUAUUUUACUUCCAGUUUUUACAAUACUGUUCUUCCUUGUUGGAAACAUAUUUAUUCAUGAUAAUUUUAAAAUGUGAAUCUUAUGAAGUCCAAUUUAGAGAAGUUUGUGAACAUCAGUAAUGAUAACUUUCCAGCGAAGCCCAGGGCUCUCUGGAGCUAGACUUUGGGGAGACCAAUCCUUCACAGUUCAAUAAGGCAAUGAUUUUGAGAAGCAAAGCAAAUAAAUCUUUCUCAUGCUCGAACAAAAAUUUACAAAAGGCAUCAUGAAAAAUAAAUACUACUCGAGUUUAUGGGAUUUGCAUUGUCUGAAGGGUCUAUGUUCGUGUGUAUUUAUUUAUUUUCAAGGGCAGAAUUCAUUCUUGUCUCUGCUGCUUUUAUUUCUACCCUUUCACUGAGCGAGCUGAUGUGGUCCUUUGGUAUCAACCACUGUCUACCUAGCAAUACCUUCUUUAGCUUUAGUUUCCUUCUCUCUUUCCAAUUCUUUAACCACUCCUACCUGGAUAUCCUAUAGGAAAUUGAAACUCAAAAUGUGCAAAAAUGACCUCAAUAAAUCUCUCUCCCUUUUCAUCUUUUCCCAGGCCCUAUCUUAGUUAAGAAAAACCUCAGACUCAACCAGGAAGCUGUGUGACACGAUAGUGAAAAUCAAAGGCAAUGCAGUCAAACUGCCUGUUCAGAUCUACAGUUUGCCGGCUGUUACUGCAUCUUCCAUACAUCACUUUCUUCCAUCUGUAGAAUGGGAAUAAUAAAAAUACUGCUCUCA